AUGCGUGCCAUCACUACCAUUAACAAUCGAAUCAACUCCACAACCACCAACUUCAAACCAUUCACUACCGCUUCUACUUCAUCUACAAAGCCAAAUCAAUCAACACCUUUUAUUCUCGUUAAACAUCACCUUUGUAAACCUUGCAAAGCACAAAUAGGUAUCAAUUUAACGCACCCCUUUGAAAGAUCUGCCUUCCUUCAUUCAUUAUUGAAUGAUAAUGGUUUAACGAAUUCAAAUCAUGAAAGAAUGGUUCAUGAUUAUGUAGAUAAAGGUAUUGGUAAUCCUAUGGCCAUAGUAAAAUAUUUAAUUGAAAAACGUUGGUUCUUUGAUCACACCGGUUACGGAUCAUUGGAAGCCGAUAAUCAAUCGAUUCCUGAAAAAGAUCGAAGAAUGUUGGCAUUACAAAUGUGGGUUAGGAAUAGAAUUGAUAAUGGAAAUAUUCUUUCACCUAGAAAUGAUUCAGAACAUGAAGGUAGAGCUCCAGCAUCUUUAUGGCCAACGAUUGAUCAAAUACUUUAUGAUUUAUUAGCAUCAGAUAUGAUUUCUCCAAGUAAUCAACCUGAUUAUAUCGAAAUCAAUAGUGAUAACGGUGAUUCAAGACCUGUUAUUUUGAUAAAUGAUUAA